AUGACAGCAGCAUGGAAUCAUCAAUACUUACUUCGUCCAAAAAUCAAAGAAAUAUCUACUACCCUCAAUGAACUUCACGACGAAUAUCAAUGCAUGCCCCGUGAAGAUACACUUAUGUCGUAUGAAAUGAAUAGAAACGGUUCAGUAAACAAUCACUAUAAUAAUAAUAAUGAUGAUGAUGAACAUUUAAUGGAGAUUACAUAUGAUACAUCUACACUUCCUUCUUGGAGAGAAGCAGUGCAGCUUCACGAUGAUAAACAAUAUGCAAGAGCAUUCCCGAUCUUCGAAGAAUACGCAAAAGGUGGCGAUCAUGUUAACGAAGCAAAAUACCUGGUCGGUCUAUAUAUUUACCAAAAUUAUGAUGACAAAAUUCCGAAUGAUGAACAAAAAGCUUUUACGAUCACAAAUGAUUAUCACAUACGCCAAACAAUAAUUUCCGGCGCUCGCCCGGAUCCAAUUCCUUCGGACACACCAAAGACAUACAUCGAAAUUAUGACAGCAGCCUGGGAUCCACAACAGAGUCAUCGUCCAAAAAGCAUGAAUAUAUUCAAUACACUUAAUAGGCUUCAUUCACAAUAUAAAAACAUUUCUGCAGCAAAAGCAUUAGAACUUCAUGAUAAAAAGAUGUUUGAUAAAGCGUUUCCGAUCUUUGAAGAAUGCCCAAAAGAUUUAGAGUUAGCUGAAAAAUAUCUUAAAGAAGCUAAAUCUCUUGGGCAUAAAGAUGCGAUGACAAGGUUGAAAAAGUUAAAACAUCCUCAAUUCAAUGAUUAG